UUGUUGCUGGCCAGUAGACUUGGGAACACGCACACUGUCCAGGGUCUGCUGGAGCACGGUGCCAAUCUAGAGGCGAAAGAUGAAAGGGGCAACACCGCUUUGCUGAACUGCAUCGAGUUAUCUCAGAAUAACAUGGCCAGGUUUCUCUUACAGAAAGGUGCCAAUGUCAAUGUCACCAAUUGUAACGGAGAGACGCCGCUCAUUUUAGCGACUUAUCUACCGGAGAUGUUUGAAAUGGUCAAACUUUUGUUGAAACAACCGGCCGUGAAAAUCGAGCACAGAAAUACAUUUGGAUACACAGCACUCAUGUGUGCCAUAAACGCAACUAAUAUUCUGGCCAUGAAGUUGUUAAUAGACGCUGAAGAGUUUGACAGCGUUAUUUCGCGUCAAACCGAAAGCUUAGCGGUCAUAACCGCAGACCAAUUGGCAGUGGAGAAGGGCCUCUUCGAAAUUCUGAAGCUUUAUAGGCACGAAAAGCGUACGGGUGUGACGUCACUGCA